AUGGACAAUGCCGACGUUGAAGCUGGUGUAGAAGACGAGUUCCAUGGCAAGAGCGGUCGCAAGUAUCGCCCGGUUGUCGACGACGAUCGCGCCGUGCUCGAGAUGUCAUCCAUGGAUCCUUCCUCUUCUUCUUCUUCGUCUGCUCUUCCUGUUCACCAAGCUUCCCUCAAGAGAAUAAAAGUGGGCACCCAGGAAAACAUGGGUUCUGAUGCAAAAGAAGGGCACCCUCCUACUCAUGUGCAAGCCAAUGGGCCCCAGAGAGAAUCCAAAUUGGAACUGUUUGGUUUUGAUUCUCUCGUCAACAUUCUUGGUCUUAAGAGUAUGACAGAUGAGCAAAGUGCAGCACCAUCUAGUCCUAGAGAUGGUGAAAAUAUUUCUAUCACCCAGGGGCGACCGAAGCCUACUGGUGUCAAAUUGGGAACACUGAUGGGUGUAUUCGUCCCAUGCUUGCAAAAUAUACUAGGAAUCAUCUACUAUAUUCGAUUUUCUUGGAUUGUUGGUAUGGCUGGUAUAGCUGAGUCACUAUUCUUGGUUUCAUUCUGUGGCUUGUGUACUUUCCUGACUGCAAUAUCAUUGAGUGCAAUUGCAACCAAUGGUGCUAUGAAGGGUGGUGGACCGUACUAUCUAAUUGGUCGUGCCCUUGGUCCAGAAGUUGGAGCUUUCAUGUUCUUGUUGUCUAGUUAUGUCUUGGGAGCUGUUGAAACAUUCUUGAAAGCUGUGCCAGCUGCUGGGAUUUUUAGAGAGACCACAAGAGUUAAUGGAACAUCAGUUGCAAUACAAAGUCCGAGUUCACAUGACCUGCAAAUCUAUGGGAUAGUUGUGACUAUUAUUUUAUGCUUUAUUGUGUUUGGUGGUGUGAAAAUGAUCAAUCGGGUUGCACCUGCUUUCCUCAUACCUGUUUUACUCUCACUGUUCUGCAUAUAUAUUGGGAUUGCUUUGGCGAGGAAGAAUUACCCUGUAGAUGGAGUCACGGGCUUGAGUUUGCACUCCUUCAAAGAAAACUGGAACUCAGAUUAUCAGAAGACCAAUAACGCUGGAAUUCCUGAUCCUGAUGGAAAAGUGUCCUGGAAUUUCAAUGCAAUGGUCGGCCUCUUUUUCCCUGCUGUGACAGGAAUUAUGGCAGGUUCAAAUCGGUCAGCGUCACUGAGAGAUACUCAGCGUUCAAUUCCUAUUGGAACACUGGCUGCGACUCUUUCAACUACUGCAAUGUAUCUGGUCUCUGUGUUAUUAUUUGGAGCCCUUGCUAGCAGACAGAAGCUUUUGACUGAUAGGCUACUUACUGCUACAAUAGCUUGGCCUUUCCCAGUAUUCAUUUACAUUGGAAUAAUUCUAUCAACCUUGGGUGCUGCUCUUCAAAGCCUGACUGGUGCCCCCCGUCUGCUUGCAGCAAUAGCCAAUGAUGAUAUUUUACCUGUUCUUAACUACUUCAAGGUUUCAGAUGGGAGUGAGCCUAACAUCGCUACCUUAUUUACCGCGCUCCUCUGUAUCGGGUGUGUCGUAAUUGGGAACCUGGAUCUUAUCACGCCAACUAUAACUAUGUUUUUCCUUCUGUGUUAUGCGGGCGUGAACUUAUCUUGCUUCCUUCUGGAUCUUCUAGAUGCUCCCAGCUGGCGUCCGCGGUGGAAAUUUCACCACUGGAGCCUCUCUCUUCUUGGAGCCUUACUUUGUAUAGUGAUAAUGUUCUUGAUCUCCUGGUCAUUCACUGUCGUGUCUCUAGCCCUGGCAAGCCUUAUAUAUUAUUAUGUGAGCAUCAAAGGAAAGGCUGGGGACUGGGGUGAUGGUUUCAAGAGUGCAUAUUUCCAACUAGCUCUUCGCAGUCUUCGAUCGCUAGGAGCAAACCAAGUGCACCCAAAGAAUUGGUAUCCCAUCCCCCUGAUAUUCUGCCGGCCUUGGGGGAAGCUGCCAGAAAAUGUACCUUGCCAUCCCAAACUUGCUGACUUUGCCAACUGUAUGAAGAAGAAGGGCAGGGGAAUGUCCAUCUUUUUUUCUAUUCUAGAUGGUGACUACCGUGAAUGUGCUGAAGAUGCCAAGGCUGCAUGCAAGCAGCUUGCUACCUACCUUGACUACAAGAAUUGUGAAGGUGUAGCUGAGAUUGUUGUGGCCCCCAGUAUGUCUGAAGGUUUCCGUGGCAUUGUCCAGACAAUGGGUCUUGGAAAUCUGAAGCCAAACAUUGUGGUGAUGCGGUAUCCCGAAAUAUGGCGUCGUGAAAACUUAACGGAAAUUCCAGCCACCUUUGUUGAAAUAAUUAAUGAUUGCAUUGUUGCAAACAAGGCAGUUGUUAUUGUCAAGGGUCUUGACGAAUGGCCCAAUGAGUAUCAGAGGCAGUAUGGUACUAUCGAUUUGUAUUGGAUAGUGAGAGAUGGUGGUCUCAUGCUUCUUCUCUCUCAACUCCUCCUCACCAAGGAAAGCUUUGAGAGUUGUAAAAUCCAGGUUUUCUGCAUUGCGGAAGAGGAUACCGAUGCAGAGGGGCUCAAGGCUGAUGUAAAGAAGUUUCUGUAUGAUCUUCGGAUGCAUGCCGAAGUGAUUGUUGUAACAAUGAAAUCGUGGGAUGUGCAAGCGGACAGUGGGUCUCCUCAAGAUGAAUCUGUGGACGCGUUUUCUGGUGCUCAGCAGCGUAUAGCUAAUUACAUGGCUGAUAUGAAGGCAGCAUCAGAAAAACAGGGGACCCCACUGAUGGCUGAUGGGAAGCCAGUUGUCGUGGAUGAACAGCAGGUGGAGAAGUUUCUUUACACUACUCUGAAGCUGAAUUCAACAAUACUCAGAUACUCGAGAAUGGCUGCGGUUGUUCUUGUGAGCUUACCUCCACCUCCGGCCAACCACCCGGCAUACUUCUACAUGGAGUACAUGGAUUUGUUGGUGGAAAAUGUGCCAAGACUACUGAUUGUGAGAGGAUACCGUAAAGAUGUUGUAACUCUAUUCACAUAG